AUGAUCAAAAAUUCCUCUUUUAUUUUUAACUUUUUAGUUAUAUUUUUAUUUAAUUUUUUUUCUUUUACUUUAAGAAACUAUAAAAAAUUUAAAGUAAAAACUUAUAUUGGAUCAACUGUAUACGAACCCAAUUCUUUAUUUAAAAAAAAUUCCAACUACAUUAAAUAUUACUAUAAUAAAAAAAAAAGUAAAUCAUCUAAUUCUUUUCAUUUAUACAUAAGUGAUGAAAAUGAUUUUACAUAUGAAGAUAUUGAAGAAUAUUUAAAAAAAAACGAUCUGGAAAAUAAUGAAGAUGAUAGAAAAAAUGAAAUUUUGAAACUAAUAAAUUAUAUAUCAACUCUUAAAAAUGAAGAAGAAUUUUUUUCUAAAUUUGGUUAUUUUAAUAGAGGAAAUAAAUCAGUUGAGUACUAUUUCAAUCAAAUGAAGAAUGAAAAAGAAAGAAAACAAAGGAAAAAUUAUAAUAUUUUAAAUUUUAUUUUAUCCUUAUAUUUAAAAGAAAGAAAUAAUAAUGCUAUGAGUUAUAACAAAAAUUAUAAAAAUAUUCAAUCUUAUUACUAUUAUGUAAAUAAUCUUAUAAACAAUAAAGAUGUUUCAAGUACAGUUCAAAAUGGUAAGUUAGAUAAACGAGAUAACUUAUUUUCUAGAAAAAAAUUAUGUAAUUUUAUAUCAUUUUAUCUUAAAAAUGUAAAUCUUCUAAAAUAUUUUUCUUUGUUUUGUAUUAGUGGAAUUUUAACAUAUUCUAUAAGUAUGUUGAUAAAAAAUAUUAAUUUAGAAAAUUGGUUUUUUUUAAAAAAUUAUUUUGAUACAAUAUAUUUUAUAAAAAAUGUGAAAUUUUAUGAAAUAGGAAUAUUUUCAUUAAUUAUAAAUAUCUUAUUAAUAAAUAAAUAUAAUCAGUACUUUUGUAUAACAGAAGAUUCAUUUUCCAUAUUAUUUAAUCAUUAUUUUUUUUAUGAGGGUUUACAUAAUUUAAAUAAGAAAAAUAUAGAAGAAUUUAUGUGUAAAUUUAAUUAUUCGUUAAAUGAUGUUUUAAAUUCUUUAAAUGAUAUGUUUUCUCAAUAUUUAAGUAACAAAAUUUAUACAAAUGAAAAUUUAGAUGAAAAUACAAUUUAUAAUAUAAACUGUUUUAUAUCAUUAUAUCAAAAAUUAUUUAGAAAUAAUAGAGAAAAUAUUAAAAAUGUUAUUAGUCUAGUUCUAAACAAAUACCACAUAUAUUGUUUAAAUAAGAAUAAUCAAAAUAAAGAUGUAUUAUCAAAAAUUUUUUACAUAUUUUAUAUAAUAAAUCUUAAAUUUAAAUAUGAAGUUGUAGAUAUACACAAAUUAAAUAUUAUUAAAGAAAAUAAAUAUAAAAUUCCUUUUUUUUUUAAAAAUAAUAAAAUUUCUAAUUAUUUUCUGCUUACAUAUAUUUCUGAAAACCUAAAUAUAAAAGAAAAAAUAAUAAAUAACUGCUUAUUAGAUACCCUAAAAAAAGGAUACGAAAAUUAUAUUUACUCUAUAUUUAAGAAUAAAAACUUUUCAAAUAAUGUGUAUGAUGAUAUCAAGAAAAUUAAUUUUAUAACUUUAGAUAGUAGUAUUAUUGAAGAGGUUAAUAUGACAAUCUUUAUGAAACUAACAAAAAAUAUCAUUGAAGAUAAAAAUUAUGAAUUAUUUUAUACUCAAAAUAGUAAAAAUGAAAGUGAAAAAGAAGGAAAUGAAAAAUAUGAAAAUGAAGAUAAAGAAGAAAUAAAAGAUUAUGAUGAAAAUCUAAAUGAAAAAGAUAAGGAAGAUAAAAAUAAUUUAAAUAAUAAAAUAUAUAUAAAUAAUUACAAGGAUGAUGUAACUAUCUUUGACUCAAAAGAUUUUAUAAAAACAGAUAAGGAAUUAGAAGAAGAUAAUAAUGAGUCUAAUGGAAAUGAAGAUAAAUUUAUUAAUGAACAUUUAAAUUAUGAAAGUAAAAUUUUCAAAGAUGAAAAUAUAAUGGAAGAUGAAAAUAUAGUUGAAAAUGAAUCUAUAUUUAAUGAUAAUCAUAACAUAUAUCACUACAUAGAAGAUAGUAUAAAUUAUAUAAUAGAUGAUAAUUUCAUGGAAGCAUAUAAUAAAGAAAAAGUAGAUAAUGAAUUAAUAGAAAAAGAGAAAAAAGAAUUAAGAGAAAAAGAAAUUUUAUUAAAAAAAUUAAAUGAUAUUUACUUUUUAAGGAAAUAUUUAAUAAUAGAUAAAGAAUUUACAAAUAAAUAUAUAGAAAAAUAUUUAUUUUCAUAUAUUUAUAAAGAAUAUAAAAUAUUAAUUAAUAAUUUAAUUUUCAAAAAAUUAAAAAAUAAAAAUGACAAUUUAUUUUUCUUAAAAAGAGGAAUAUCUUUAUCAAAUAGUUGUACUGAAAAUAUUAUAAAAAAUAUUAUUCUAAAUUUUGUAAUAAAAACAAAAGAAAAUAUCAAUAUAUUUUUAAAAUUAGAGAAUAUCGAUAAAUGUUUAAAACUUGUAAUAAAUUUAAUAAACGUUUAUAAAAUGAUAAAAAAAAAAAGAAAAUAUCUUAAAAUAAAAAAUGAAUUUCUUAAUUUAGAUGAUUUAUUUUCAUUCAAUUUUUACCAUGAUAGCGAUAUAAUGAAUAAAUAUAUGUAUGAUAAAGAUAAAAACGAUAUUGUAUAUGAAGAAAAAAGUAAAAUUGAGGAAUCCUUAAAAGAGAAAAAUAAUAAUAUAGAUAAAAAUGAAGAGAACCUUACACAAGCUAAUGAAGGAAACUUACAAAAUAAUGAAGAAAAAUUACAAAAUAAUGAAGAAAUUUUACAGAAUGAUGAUGAAAUUUUAGAGAAUGAUGAUGAAAUUUCAGAGAAUGAUGAUGAAAAUUUAGAGAAUGAUGAGGAAGAAAAUCUAAAAAAGAAUGAAGAAUACUUCUUAAAAGAGGGGGAAGAUAUAAAAAAUAGCUUUUAUAAGGAUAGAGUAAAAGAAGAUGUUAAAGAAAAAGAGAUUCUAUUAUUUGAUACAAAAAAAAAAUUAUAUGAAGAAUUUGUUUUAAAAUAUAUGAAAAAUCAGUCAGAAAGAAAAAUAUUUAAGACUAUUUUUAAUUUAGAUAAUGAAGAAAUUGAUAAAGAAAUUGAAGAUAAUAUUAUAAAUAAAUUUCUAGAAAAGGUAGCUAUUAAAUAUUUAAAUAACUUAAAAAAUUUAGAUAUGGAUUUAAAAAUUAUAGGAAAUGAUAAUUUAUUUAAUUAUAAAAACGUAAACUUUGAAGAUUUUUUAUCAGAAAUUAAAAGAAAAAAUAAAAAAGAAAAAAGAAAUAUUAAUGAUUAUAAGAUAAAAAAAGAAAAUAUAUUUGAGUCUAUUGAUGAUGAAUCUUUCAGAGAGAUAUGUAGAAAAAUGUAUAUAAAUAAAUUGUUUGAAUUAAAGGAAAACAUAUAUAAUAAUAGAAAGGAGUUAUAUUUUUAUGAAGUUAUAUUAGAUAUAAAAAAUCCUGAAGAAAUUCAUGAUGUAUAUUUAAUAGAUGAAUAUGAAAAAAUGAUAAAUGAUAUAAUUAAAACAAAUAUAUUAAAUAAAAACUACAUAAAUAUAAAAAAUAUGUAUUUGAAAAAAAUUAUUAAUUUUUUAAAUAUAUCCAAUGAAAAAUCGGUAGAUGUAGAAUUGAGUUGUAUAUUCAAACAAACAUAUGCAUUUUAUCAGAAAAUUAAAGAAAAUUUUUACAUAUAUAAAAGUGAUGAAGAUUUUAUAAAUAAUAUAAAUGAAAUAUUAACUAUAUACAAAAAUUUUGAUCUUAUAAAAAAGAAGAAUGAUAAAUAUUAUGUUAAGUUUUCUUUAAUUGAAUCAAACUAUAAUUUAGUUCACAAAAUAAUUGAACGAUAUGUUUUAUAUGUAAUUGACAUAAUAAGUAAUGAAAACAGAUUAAUUUAUAAAGAAAAUAUUUUUAUAUUAGUAAAAAUUUUAGGUGUUAAUGAAAAUAUUAUAGAUGAAAUAUCAACUAAAAUAUACAAGAAAUAUGUAGAAAAUCAAGAACUGGAUGUAAUAAAUAAUAUGGAUUUUUUUUUUAACUUUUUACUUAAUAUGGAUAAAGAAAAGCAAAAUGAAAUUGUUUUAGACAAUUUGAAAAAAAAAUUAGAAAUUUACUUAACUUCUAAUGAAAAUUAUCAAGAAAAAUUACAAAAAGUUUAUGAUAUUUUAAUUUUCAUUAAUAAUAACUUACAAUUAAAAAAAAAUGUAUUUAAUUUGACAUCUUUGAAUUCUGAAGUGAUAUAUGAAUUUUUAAUAACAUGUAUCGACAAUUAUUUACAUAAAGAAAAAUCAGAAACCUUUAUUACUUCUGAAAGUGAUUAUAUGAAUAAUUUUAAUGAUUUUUUAAACAAAAUAAAAAUUCUCCUAAUAGGAAAUGAACAGAAAUUUCAUUUUUCACACAUACUAAAUAUUCUAAGUAAGGAUAUUAUUAAUAAAGCUAUCACCUUAUUAAAUAAAUUUGAAUAUGAUAAAAGUAUUGAAGAAAUUUAUAAUUUAAUCAAAUUACAUAUGAUUGACAAAGAUAUUCAUUUUUCUGAUAUAGAUAUUGAAAAAAGAAAAAAAUUAGUUAACAUAUUUUCUUAUCAAAAUAUUAAUGAUGAAAAAAAGUUUCUUUAUUUAGACCUUUUAAAUAAAAUUUUAUUCUAA